AUGAUUAUUGGCAACUUUAAGUUUUUCAAGAAUUUAUUCUCUGGACAAUCCUAUGAACUUGAAUAUGGGAAGUACAGCGAGGUAGGAGACGUAAAAUACAGCUUCUCACAGAAUUACAGCUAUUACCCGUCGGAAUACUCCAGCUCCGAUGUUUGUCAGGAUUAUCUUACCCCAAAUAUUUACUGUCAGAAAUACAUCACAACCACUGAAACUCGUACAUAUAGGAGGUCUUACAACAGUUACUAUAACCGUACCUAUACCUACACAUACCGAGGCUGCUCUGAAAAUUACACCCUUUACAGAGACUUCUGCUACGAAACCUGAGGCGACGGCUAUAUCGCCUCGGACCCCCAGACAAUGCCUUGUGAUGACGGAAAUUACUGGAGUGAAGAUGGCUGAUCUAGUGACUGAACUGUCGAGGAAGGCUACUCUUGAACUAUAACUGAGCUUAACAAAAGUUAUUGUAUCAAAGACUGAGGCAGCGGGAUCUUCGACCCGACCAAGCAGGAAUGAAAUGACGGCAACAAUCUCAAUGGUGAUGGGUGAGAUAGCAAUUGAAAGAAAGAGGAUAACUACACCUGCACAAAUACAGUCGGAGAUAUUAGCUACUGAGAAAAGUCAUGAGGAAAUGGAGUCAGGGAGAAUUUAGAAGAAUGAGAUGAUAAGAAUUCUAUGAGCUAUGAUGGCUGUGAUAGUAGUUGAAAAUUAGAGUUUAACUAUGAAUGAAAGCCAGAUGCAUCAGGUGUUGAUGUCUGACACUCGAAGUACUUCCCUCCCAUAAUUUUGAAGAAUGCUCACAACUCUCAAAUUCAAGAAAUAACUUACACUUUUAAUGACACUAUGAAGAAUGUUUCAUUUACUGAUGAAGAUAUUGGCUGAGAAUUUUAUGGGCCUUCUAGUGACUACACUGUUAGUUGUAAUGCAGCCUUGGAAUCAGAUUCGAAGCUUAAAAUCAAAUAUAGUAUCUCUCCUCCGAUUAUUGGAGGUGUUGGAGAACUAUUAUUAGUCAAGUUCUAUAAAGUAGAGUCUUUCAAAAGUGAAAACCUAAUUCCAAUCUCUACAUCCUUUGAAUACAAAUACCAAUUCACAACUGUAGAAGCUUCAGAGCAAGCACAAGCUACUGGUGAGGGAGCUUCUUACACUUUCGUCUUUUCAUUUGGUGUUUCCUUGGUUGUAAGUGUUCUGACUGGAGGUUCUAUGGAAUUGAUGUGGAGUCUUGCUAAUACCCUCCAAAUAGUCUUCAUUCUUGGACUUUUGAAUCUAUAUUACCCUCCGAACCUAUCAGUUAUAUUCAGUUAUCUAAAAUAUUCAAACUUUGACAACCCAGUGACUCAGGCUCUUUCUUCGUUUGCUUUCAAAAGCAUUAACAUCAUCGACUCUCCCAUCAGCGCAGAAUUUGAGAAGCUUGGGUUCUCUUCAACUAACUUUCUGAAGAACUCUCUUGACAAAGUUUUCUUGCUGCUCUUACUAGGAUUGUUUGUGUUGAUUAUCUACCUGAUGUUUAGGUGUCUGAAGAAGAAAUCAACAUGGUUUGCUAAGAAGAUUCAAAAACUCGAUCUCGCUCUUCGCUAUCAGUCAUGAACAAGACUUAUCGUAGAAAUGUCAAUGAACCUAUCAGUCUCUGCAUUCAUCAAUAUCUUUUACGACAAUCCCAAUGGAACUAUCGGCUUGUGCUCCUACAUCUUAGCAGUAUCUCUCCUAAUAUUAAUGGCAUUCAUCGCUAUCUACGUAACAAUAUUCCCUAUUUACUUCUAUAUUGACAUCAAAAUUGUUCCACACCUUUUUGAAAGACAUUCUUUCCUGUUUAAGGAAUUUCAAGCUUCUAAGCCAGAGUGCCUUUAUUAUUACUCUUACUUCAUCAUCAGAAGAAUAUUGAUGGCUGGUGUAAUUGUCUGACUGAGAGGAAGGAACCUUAUCCAGCUUAUCUGAAUGGUCAUUCUGUUCUACUCAGUCUGAAAGUACCAGUUGGUCUACAGGCCUUUUAAGUGUCAGGUGACCAACUUCUUGAGCUGUGUGAAUGAGACUUUCUUGCUGAUGUUUUGUUUCAUCCUAUUUGCCUUUGAAAGUCCUGGAGACCCAACCACAAUUCAGAUGUUUGGAUUUGUUGCCAUUGGGUUCUUAGCUGUGUUCUUUAUUCUGAACUGGGGAGUAAUUUUUCCAUUAAAAAUAAAAGAUUUUUGCUCAUUUGUUCGAGAAAAAUGAAGAAAGAAAACACUUGAAGAGAAAGAAGAAGAGCAUAGAAAAAGGGCAAAGCAAACUCCUUCAUUAUCAACUCCAGAAAGCCCAAAAUCUUCUCAGAAUCCGAAAAACUCGAACUAG